GCAGAAAGAUGCAAUACAAUAUUACAACUGUAUAAUACCAUGAAUCAAUCACUCGCACGGACGGUAGAGUUAUCAUGGCCAGCAGCACAUCCACAACAGCAUCUACCGUCGGGCGCGGCGCGACAGAUUGCAAAAGUUGUGCUCGACGAAGGAUUCGUUGUGACCGUGCGACGCCGUGCUGUCUUAAAUGUAUGAAACGGGGCAUUGAUUGCCCUGGCUACGGACAAAAUCUUCGAUGGGCGAAUGCGAUAGCAUUGCGAGGCCGUUUCAAAGGGAUGCAGUGCCCUAAGGAUCUACAUCAGGUUAAAGUACCUGCCAAAGGAUGGUCAGAGCCAUGGACUGUGGCCGCAGCCAUGAUAGCCAAAAUAGCCCCCGGGACCCCCAAUGCCAGAGAAAUUGAACAUCUAGUUUCUUAUUACUCGAGAAAAAUAGCUGGGAACAUGGUUUGGGUGGAUUCGCCGUUUAACUCUUACAGACGGCUUGUUGUGCCCAAGGCAAAAUCAUCGCCCGUCAUACUCCUCGCCAUCCUCGCUGUAUCCGCUGAGCAUAUGGCCGCUAUAGAACCCUCGCUCCGUAUGUUUGCACCUAUGGCCCGCGAUGUCGUUGUUUCAAACAUCACGUAUGAAUUGUCCAGAGUUACAGAGUGCUUGGGUAGCAAAGAACCACGAGACAUUCUGGAUCUGGAGAGUGUAGAAUGGAUUCUGGCGUCUAUGCUCAUCCUCUCCAACUAUGAGUGUAUUGGCAACGCUUCUGCAGCAUGGUGUUCACAUCGUCUUGGUGCACGCCUUCUCAUCAACGGAUAUUCGGACUCUAACGCUGAAGCAAGCGAGCUAUUUAGAUUUCUCCGCGCUCAAUUUGGAAUUCAUGACGUCCUAGCGUCCACAACGACAUGCUUGUACCUUGGUACAGACGAUGUGGUGCUGCCAAAGCAAGGUGACCCGGAAGCACUGCUCUCGGAUUACAUGAGACUCAUUCACCGACUAACGAUCUAUAUAACGAAUAAGACGCUGCAGGAUAUCCCUCAUCCAGCGACGCUACGUAUCGAGUUUGAGCAGACCCGUGGUCUCACCUUGAUGAACGCAUCGGCAUUGGCUGUUCUCGAUGACGAAUCCGCUCGCCUAACCUUCAUUCAUCUUGUUGACGUUCAUCAUCUUGCAGCACUAUUAUAUGCAUAUCGGUGUGUAUAUAACUUCACGUCUCAGAAUGCUGAGAUAUCUUAUACCACGCUGCAAUUAUUUGAGAAAUUGCAAAUCUGCGCAUCCAACAAUGCGCUUGUUCAGCACUUGACAUGGCCGGUUUUCAUUGCCGGAACUGAAUGCCACAACUGUGAGCAAAAGCAGCAUUUGGUAUUAAAGUGGUACAGAAUUAUGGAAGGACGGGCCGGAAGGUUGGCUGGAAAAGGCGAAAACCUGGGAAAGAAUUGGCAAGCCUUUGCUGGCAGUUUAACUCUGUGCGGCAAUCUUGUAAACUCUUGAAGACAUAACCUAAACAUUAUAUUGAUAAUAAGCGCGUUUUGUUAGAUGGUAGGGGAGACUUCUAUUAGUCUACAGAAUCUAUCUGUCAUACAUUUGGUUUUCGCUUCCCCUCAUAAACAUAGUAUUAGGUAGACAUCAUCGCAU